AUGGACGCGCGACAGGACUACGACGAGGAUACCUCAUCUGAGGAAGCUCUGCUUCUCGCCGAAGUGAGGCGUGCAUAUGAAGCGAGUAGCCAGCGAGAUCGACAGUACCAGCAGACAUCUGAGCAGUACCUCGGCGAGGAACCGGAUACCCAAGAUGACAGCUCACACGACGAGGAGGACCUUGACAACGAGAUGGAUGUGGACACUGAAGGUAUUGAGUAUACGAGUGACAUGCCUGAUGACCUCUCUGACAGAGACUUAGACUCUCAAUCUGGAGAAUACUCCGAGGAAUCAGAAGACCAGGACGUUGAAAUGGACCGUGAUAGCGCAAACGACAUGGAUCUUGAAAAUAUGCUCGAUGACCUUUCUGACGAGUUCUCAGACUUCGAGGCUGGAGAAGACAUAGAGGAGCAUCAGCACAAUGGGGAGUCAGAUAGCCACGACAACACUUCAAACGACGACAUGACUAUUGACGACGAAGCCGAAGGCGAUUCAGAAGACAUGCUUGACCCUCUUUCCGACGGCGUAUCAGAUGACGAACAAGGUGGAGAGACAGAGCAGCAGAGCCACCAACUCGCCGCCCCCGAAGACUCUGCGACACAAGAGCCUGCCCAAAUAGAAACGGGCGACUGUACCGCCUGCUACACAGAAGACCUCUCAGUCACGCUACUUCAAGUACUUCCAUGCGGGGAUGCCUAUUGCCGCCCAUGCCUCAUCCAAACCCUCGAAAUAUCCCUCUCGCUCGCCUCGCACUUCCCCGCCCGAUGCUGCGAUGAAGAGAUCCCCCUCGAAGCCAUAGAGGCGCAUAUGCAUCAGAGCGACGUGCAACGUUACCGCGAGAAAUUGCUUGAGCACAGGACGAUAAAUCGGACGUACUGUAGUAAUCGUCAAUGCCUCGAGUUCAUCCCUCCCAAUAACACAUCCGAUAGUGGUAAACCCUGCUACGGGGACGAGGCAGAGUGUCCUGCUUGCAAGGAGGUCACUUGCGCCACUUGCAAGGAUAAGGGACAUACCGGUGCUUGUGAGAAACAGGUGGAUAUGGACCAGACCUUGGACCUUGCGGAGAGCGAAGGCUGGAAGCGAUGUUCUCGUUGCCGUCACCUCAUCGAGAAGAUUGAUGGGUGCACCCAUAUAAGUAUGCCUCUGAACCAACUCUCCAACCUUGGAAACUUACUGACUUACACCUCGCAGUUUGUCACUGCGGCUAUGAGUUCUGCUACGACUGCGGUGGAGAAUAUGAUAAUUGCAAUUGUGAAGAAUAGGAUGUCGAUCCAGCCCCUCAACAAACCAACGCGGCGAUCCGCCGCAGCCUGCCCCAGCGGCUCUCAAUGUCAACCGUCCUCGACUCCCACAUAUGAUGUGCGACCACGACUGCAACGAGAUGAAACUGUCGCUCUUCAUUCUGAUGACGAGAUCUAUAAGAUCAACACCAAGUCGGUCUUCGAUCCAGACCGUGCCGCUGACUCUCGCCCCGUGCUUCUCCACAAGAUUCUAGAGGGCACUACCCUCACCCAGAUUGCCAACGCGGUCUACGGUGUUUAUACCACGCACAUGGUGAAUGGUACAGUCGGCGGCUGGGCAUGA